AUGAGCGGGAGCCACCUAUCAAGAGACUUCUUCGAGCUGGUGAAAGCCAUCGGCGAGAGCAAGUCCAAGCAGGAGGAGGACCGCAUCAUCAUGCACGAGGUGGGCGUGCUCAAGAAGAAGAUGCCGGAGGCGAACGUGGCCCGCGAGAAGAUGAAGGAGUUCCUGGUCCGGAUGAUCUACGUCGAGAUGCUCGGCCACGACGCCUCUUUCGCCUACAUCAAGGCGGUGGAAUUGACGGCUAGCCAAAACCUCGUGCAGAAGAGGACAGGGUACCUCACGGCCUCGCUCACGCUGUCGCCGAACCACGAGUUCCGGUUCAUGCUGGUCAACCAGAUGCAGAGGGACCUGUCUAGUUCCAAUAUGCUGGAGGCAGCCGCGGCUCUCACGGCCUUGUGCAAGCUCGCAACGGUGGACAUGAUCCCUGCGGUGAUGACGGAUGUUGUCCGGCUUCUCAAGCACGAACGGGAGCUAGUGCGGAAGAAGGCCGUGAUGGUGCUGCACCGCAUGAACCAGCUCGACCCAGAUUCGGUGUCUCACAUGGGCGAUCACCUGCGACGCAUGCUUUGCGACAAGGAUCCCUCCGUGAUGGGGUCGGCGCUGUGCCUCCUUCACGACCUCGCCAGGGUGGACGCUUCGAGCUACAAGGACCUGGUCCCGAGCUUUGUGUCGAUCUUGAAGCAGAUCACGGAACACCGGCUACCGCGCGACUUCGACUACCACAGGAUGCCCGCGCCGUGGAUCCAGAUGCGGCUCUUGAGGAUCCUGGCGUUGCUGGGCAGAGCCGACCAGGCGACGAGCGAGGGCAUGUACGAGGUCCUGAUGGACGUCAUGCGGCGCGCGGACACGGGCAUCAACGUGGGGUACGCCGUCGUGUACGAGUGCGUGAGGACGGUGACGAGCAUCUACCCCAACGCGCCGCUCCUGGACGCCGCGGCGGCGAGCAUCUCGAGGUUCAUCUCGGCGGAAAACCACAACCUCAAGUACGUGGGCGUGACGGGUCUCGCGGCGAUCGUGCGGGACCACCCCAAGUACGCCCAGCAGCACCAGAUGGCGGUGAUCGACUGCCUCGAGGACCCCGACGAGACGCUCAAGCGCAAGACGCUGGACCUGCUCUACACCAUGACCAACCCGGUCAACGUGGAGUUCAUCGCGGACAAGCUCCUGUCUUUCCUGGAGCAGGGGACGGACUCCUUCUGGCGGCAGGACCUGGUGAAUAGGAUAACCCAGUGCGCAGAGCGGUUCGCGCCGAGCAACUCGUGGUACGUGGGCGUGAUGACGAAGGUCUUCCGGCUGGCGGGAGACAUGGUCAAGCCGGAGGUUGCCCACAACCUCAUGCAGCUUAUCGCGGAGGGCAGCGGGGAGGACGAGGAUGCGGACGUGGAGCUAAGAAGGAACGCGGUGGACAGCUACCUGGAUCUUCUGGAAACCCCGGCUGUGCCUGACCUGCUGAUGCAAGUGAUGGCGUGGGUUCUCGGCGAGUACGGCUCUCUCGCAUCCACCCCGAGGGGUGCUCGAGAGGUUUCCACCAAGCUUUGCGGCGUCGCCUCCGGCAUGUCUUUCCGCGAUCCGAGCACCUGCGGCUUCGUGGUGACGGCCCUCAUGAAGCUCUCCGCGCAGUCGGGCGAGGUGUCCCCGCCCGUGGCGCACCUGCUGACUCUCUACUCGCAGUCCAAGCAGUCGGAUCUUCAGCAGCGAUGCCUGGAGUUCCUGCAGCUGGCGAGGGAGGGGCCGGCGGCCAUGGCGGCCGUGCUUCCCGUCGACGCAAGCUGCGAGGACGUUGAGGCCGACGAGAACCUGAGCCACCUGGACGGGAUAGUCACGGCGGCCCUGUCGGCGGGGGCGGUGGGGUACUCCCCCCCUGCCGAGGCCGGGGAAGACUCGGACGACGAGGAGGCGUCGGCGGCAAUGGGGGGAGCCGGGGGAGGGUCUUCCUUCAACCUCACGCCGUACGCCCACCCUUCGCAGCCUAUGGCUGCGAGCGCUGCGGCUCCGCAGGCGCCGCUCCCGCCUCCUCAGUCGUCCAGCGGGGCGGGAGAUCCCCUUUCCACGGCCGACAUUUUCGCCAGCGGCCCGAGGCUGAGACCCGUGUCGAAAGUAUGGGGAAGACCCAAGCCGGGAGGGCAGAAUCAGCAGCAGCCGCAGCAGCCGCAGCAGUCACAAUCAGCGGCGGCAGCCGGUGCUCCCGGCGCGGGGGGUCGCGGCGAGACAGGCGCGGCGGCAGCGGCGGCGGCGGCUGGCUAUCCGCCGGCCACCGCUGGUGCGGGGCCUGCGGGCCCUUCCUUGGGAAGAGGGAGUGGGCAGAGCGGGACUGCCCCUUCGCAGGCGCCUCCGCCGCAGCAAGACCCGGUGGCUGCCGCGCUGCGCGCCGAGAAGCAGAAGAUGGCGGCGAUGCUCUUCGGCGGGACAGGACCAGCACCAGCAACGCCUCCGGCGGCAGCGGCACCAUCGCGCCCGAAACCAAUCUCCACCUCGGCGACGGCGGCGACUUCCCGACCCGCCGCCGUAGCCACGCCGGUCUCAUCGGCGUCUUCCUCGUCCCAGCAACAGCCAAAGGCGGCUCCAGCAACAACCGCUGCCGCCGCCGCCGCUGCGGACCCGGUCGACCUGCUAGAUUUUGCGAGCAUGGGGGACUCCCCUCCCCCUCCUCCUGCCGGCACCGCCUCCAACGGCGCCGCACCAGCGCACGACCGCGCAUCUUCGGAUCAGCUAGGAGUGGACCUCUUGGGGGUAGGCGGCGGCGGUGACGCGAACGGCGGUGCCUCCUCCUCGGCUCCGGGAGGGGGCCCGACGCUGGACGAUUUUCUCGGGGGUGGGGGCGGGGGCACCACCACCACCGUCGGCGGGGCGGUGCCGAACGGCCGCCGCAACAGCAGCAGCAGCGCCGAGCAAGCGUGGCCACCGGCGGCGGCGGCGGCGGCGGCACGGCAGCGGGCGGGGACGGCUGGGUCGUCGGCUUCGAGCGCAGCGACGCCGUCUCUGAUCGGCAGCGGCGGUGGGGUUGACCUUUCGGCGCUCGUGCUCGGGGACGGCGGGGGCAGCGGGGCGGCGGCGGCGGCGGCGGCGGCGGCGGCGGGGUUCAGCUUCGGCGGGCGCGGCAUGAAGCCGCUGGCGAUCGCCACCGGGGAGUUCGGGCAGAAGUGGAUGGCGUGUUCGGGGGAGCGGCGCGCGGCCGGCUCAAGGUUUUCCCCGGGGCUGGGGUCGCCGAAGGCCGUGGCGGAGAGGCUGGGCGGGAGGCUCGGCGUCCACACGGUAGAGGUUAUCCCGCACACGGCGGAGGGCAUCUGCGCGGGGCAGCUCGACGGGGGCGGGGGCGUCUGCUUGGUGCACUGUAAGGUGUGGCCGUCCCGAGGGACCGUCGACAUCACCGUACGCUCCAGCGACGCCAAGCUGGCCGAGGCCGCCGCCGCCUUCGCCAAGACCGCCGUUUCGCAAUAGCAUGUAGUAUGUAUCGCCCCGUGAGAGAGAUCAACGACGCGUUCCCUCCACAAGAGCAGCGUUUUGCGCCACACCGCGACGGCGGGGACACGGACCCGCGCACAGCGCUCUCUGUUGACAUCUCUGGUGUGUUUUUGCGCGCACGCACACACACGCGCACGCACGCCGUGUGCUAGCUAAUUGUUGUGUUGCGGCGGCGAAAAGAGAGAGACUGUGGCUUCUUGGUUGACUAUUGUGUUUCGUGCCUAUGUUGGGGAAGGGGUUGCUCUCGACAUCGACCGAUCGAUCGUGUGGGUA